CACAACGAUAUGUACCAUUUCCCCAUACUUUUGGGCUUCGUCUUCCUUUCUUAAUUUCCAAGUUUCUUGAACAAAAACACGUUCACGUUUCUCCCUCUCUCAGCACAAAAAAUACGAAAACCCAAAAAAGGACGCGUUACAAACUUUGGUGGUGCCAUAUAACUUUCUAUUUAUGGAAAAUCAACAGCAGCAGCGCCAGCUUCAGCCUGCCAUCAUGAAAUCAAGGUUCAGACGUGUCUGUGUCUUCUGUGGGAGCAGCCCCGGCAAGAGUCCUAGCUACCAGAUUGCUGCUAUUCAACUCGGCCAACAACUGGUGGAAAGGAACAUUGACUUGGUCUAUGGAGGAGGGAGCAUUGGCUUGAUGGGUCUGGUCUCCCAAGCUGUACAUGAUGGAGGUCGCCAUGUGUUGGGAGUAAUUCCCACAAUUCUCAUGCCAAGAGAGAUAACAGGAGAGACUGUGGGAGAACUAAGAGCAGUGUCAGGCAUGCACCAACGCAAGGCUGAAAUGGCUCGUCAAGCCGAUGCUUUCAUUGCCUUGCCAGGUGGUUAUGGCACCUUGGAAGAACUGUUGGAAGUCAUCACUUGGGCUCAAUUGGGAAUCCAUGAUAAACCGCAGGUGGGGUUGUUAAACGUGGACGGAUACUACAACUCACUCCUCUCAUUCCUAGACAAAGCAGUCGACGAAGGAUUCAUAACUCCCACUGCCCGAAACAUUAUCGUCUCUGCUCAAACUGCCCAAGAACUCAUGCACAAGCUUGAGUUAAUGCAGCAAAAUGAACUGGUUUGAGCCGUCCAUUCAUUCCAGCCCUAAGCACUGAUCAUCUGGCGUGAGAGAUAGAGCAACAACUGGACUGGGCAACAAAGUCAGGAUCGAAUUUCUCUUUGACCUGACCUUAGACGUUUACGAUUAUUGUCCAUAGGUUUUAGCAAAUUUCUCCAUCAUCUUGUGGAUGCAUGCCACCACAGUUCUUCAAAAUAGCUGUGGAUCAUAAGCAUGACAAUGAUUUUUAUGUCAAAAGGUUCAAAACCAAUGGUUUUUAAUACAGCUUUAGCAUGUCGGUAUACAUCUCUUGUAUCUCUUCUCUUCUCCAUGAUUUGAUGGGUUGUUUAGAAGUAGCUUUCACCGAAAAGAGAGUUUUGGGAAUGGAAAGUGACUCAAUUCUUAUAAAUGUUCAAGAAAAAACAAUCUGAUAUUCAAUUCUCAUAUAUAUUCCUAUGUAAAUCAAGACAUAAAAAUAAAUAAAUAGUAGUAAAAGAGGAAUAACAGUCCCUCCUUGACCAAUACUAAAGGUAAAGAGAUAAUAAGAAUUUGUCAUCUGCUCAUUGAGUUACUGUAGCAGUAACAUUUUGUUUUAUUCAUCGAGAAAUUUAUAUAAACGACAAUGUUUAGGAUCUAAUUUUUGUUUGGCUU